AUGGAUAAGUUUGUAGUAGUGUUCAUAGACGAUAUAUUGGUGUAUUUGAGGAACAAAGAAGAGCAUGUAGAGCACCUGAGAGCAAUUCUGCAAACACUGAGAGAAAGCAAUCUUUUUGCAAAGUUCUUUAAGUGUGAAUUUUGGUUGGAAAAGAUAGCAUUCUUAGGUCAUUUUGUGUCUAAGGAUGGCGUGGAAGUAGAUCCAGCCAAAAUUAAAGUUGUGAAGGGUUGGCCUAUGCCCAAAAUAGUGUCUAAUGUUCGGAGUUUCCUAGGUUUAGCAGGAUAUUAUAGGCGUUUUGUGAAAUAUUUCUCGAAGAUUGCUAAACCUAUGACUACUCUAAUGAAGAAGGACAAGAAGUUUGAGUGGGAUGAUAAGUGUGAAGAAGCAUUCCAAAUCUUGGAAUAG